AUGGCUUGCAACUUCCGCUUGACCAUCAGUGUUUUCAUGGCCUACGCGAGUCAGGCUGAGCCGCGCGCUCGAGUGGGCGACGGCAGUCGGGACGUACCUGCCUCCUUAAGAUGCAGGAAGGCAGUGCGCAAGGCGGCAGACGAGACGGAGAAAUUAGCUCCCCGUCCGCCCGCCCGGGAAUGCGGUCUAGUGCGGCAGAUGCAGCAAGGGCCUGAGUUUACUAGGGCUGAUACUUUACCGGAAUUCACUGGCAUUUUAAAACCCUAA